AUGUCUUCCAUCAAAAUUGAAUGUGUUUUACGGGAGAACUACAGGUGUGGGGAGUCUCCUGUAUGGGAGGAAGCAUCCAACUCUCUACUGUUUGUAGAUAUCCCUUCAAAGAAUAUUUGUCGGUGGGAUCCGGUCAGCAAUCGAGUGCAGCGAGUUGCUGUGGGUACUAUGGCUGAGGAAACCGCCCCAGCUGUUCUUGAGCGGCACCAAGGGUCCUUGUACUCCCUCUUUCCUGAUCACAGUGUGAAAAAAUACUUUGACCAAGUGGACAUCUCCAAUGGUUUGGAUUGGUCCCUGGACCAUAAAAUCUUCUACUACAUUGACAGCCUGUCCUACACUGUAGAUGCCUUUGACUAUGACCUGCAAACAGGACAGAUUUCCAACCGCAGAAUUGUUUACAAGAUGGAAAAAGAUGAACAAAUUCCAGAUGGAAUGUGCAUUGAUGCUGAGGGAAAGCUAUGGGUGGCCUGUUACAAUGGAGGAAGAGUAAUUCGCCUAGAUCCUGAGACAGGGAAAAGACUGCAAACUGUGAAGUUGCCUGUUGAUAAAACAACUUCAUGCUGCUUUGGAGGGAAGGAUUACUCUGAAAUGUAUGUGACCUGUGCCAGGGAUGGGUUGAGUGCUGAAGGCCUUCUGAGGCAGCCUGAUGCUGGGAACAUUUUCAAGAUAACAGGUCUUGGGGUCAAAGGAAUUGCCCCAUAUUCCUAUGCAGGGUAAACUGCAGCUUUUCCUUGCUGUCAGAAGAAAAAGCUUUGAAGAUUACUGAAGAAUUAAGGGACUGAAAUCAAUGAAAUUUCAAUUUAGAUUUUUAAUGAGAUGGUGAUACUAUAGCAUGGUUAAGCUUUAAUUUACACUUUUGAUUGGGUGCUGGGGAAUAAA